UUUAGGGGUGGACUCGACACUUUGAUAGCAGGGCAUCAUAUCAUUUUUUUCUUGAUCUGUCCGAACUCUGACGAGGAGAAAUUUUUAUUUUUUUUGUUUUUAGAAAAUUUAGUUAAAAAUAAAAAAAGAGGAAUGCGUCUUGCUUUACGCCUUUCUCGCCCAGCUCCAAACCAAAAUUUAAAGAAUCCACGACUCUGGCAGGAUCCAGUAUAUGGCUAUUAUGAAACGCACGGAAAGAUGGAAUUUUUGCCUGGAGAACAAUACAAUUUGUCUGAUGAUGAAAAAAAGGCUGUGUUGUGGCGUUAUCGGGUUAAAGAGAUUUUAAAGAAGGAAUAUUUUCGUCGGGAAUAUAAUCCUCAUACUUUUAAAUACAAGCAAGGAAUCAUACUCGAUCCGGCAAUGUUUCGUUGGUAUGCUGCUGAUAUGACACAAAUGGAGUAUAUGCGAUUGACUCCUAGAAGUCUUUUUAUGUAUGCUGGAAUAACGAUGUUGGCCUUUUGGUUGAUAACUAAAUUGGGAGUGAUUAGCAUGGAAAAAGAUUCCGAUGAUUGUUUGACUGGAGAAAUGCUUUGGUGGGAUCGGUAUAGAAAUAGAUUCGAAUUUGUUGGUGGUAAUGCACCUCCUCGUCAAGUUUUACAUGCUCAUUGUUAA